AUGGCUUCAAUUUCUCUUCCCCCGCAGCCUCGAGCGGGCUUUGCACAGCAUUUCGAUUCUUCUCCUCAACCAGACACCAUCGCCACCCGUCGCUUGACCAUGCCUCCGUUGCCGAAUCCGCCUUUCGUCUUUCCUGCUCGAGAUCCGGACGCUACCGACCAGGAGACCGACCGUCGAACGCCGCCCGCUCUUCCGGCCUUUUCCUUCAACCCCGGCGUGGGUAAGUCACUACAACCGUCGCCUUCACCCGCGCCCCAUCCGAAUCCUCGUGGUGGGGGUCACCGACGACGACCGAGUGAAUUCGUGGGAGGCGAUCAAUUGGUGACACCAGAUACAGGGGUUGCUGCCGAGAAGCGGGAUGAACCUCCGUCUCCGACACCACAGCCCGCUGUCCCGUCAGGCCCUCCACCUGGCAGAGGCCCUGGGCGACGGCAUCAUGCCCAUCGUCGCUCGGCCGCGGUCUCUGGCGUCGACCUGAACGCCAUCCAAAAGGCCUUGGGGUCCAACCCGGUGCUCCGACUACCCCUGGCGACCGCACCUUUGACUCUAGCCAUGAAGAUAUUCAACGCCCGCUCUCUUAUUCGGCGACGAGCAUUGGCCGCCCAACGCCUCCAGCAUCUCCCCAAUUCCCCCCCUGUCUCGUCUAUUCCUCCUGUUCCUCCUAUUCCUAGCACCAUUCACAUUCAGCCUGCUCCGAAGACCGAAGAUCCUGAAAUUGGCCGACCUGGUUCAGCAGCAUCCCAGGAAGCUUCUCGAAUUCCAGCAGAUGUUCCUCUUCAACCUUCGGAUAAUCCUGGGCCUAUAGAGCAGGCCCCGGUCCGGAAGCGCACGACCAAGCCGAGGCCGAAAACCGCCGACGCUUCGCUAGCUUUCGAUUUGAUGCAGAGCCAGAAUACCUCGGAUGUUGCUGCAAUUAAACGUUCGAAAUCCACUGGACACACUCGUGCUCGCAAGAGUGUAUCUGCUCGGCAUAUUAAUACUCACGUAAAUACUGAAACCGAUGCGCACUCGACUGACACAUCUCGCCCCUCAUUCUCCGAUGAUGGAUCCGAAUCUCCUAGCGACACAGAAGACGAAGGAGACGAUCCCAAUGCGACGAAAAAAUUGCGAUCUAAAAAGAAGAAGCAGAAGCGUGUUCGUCACUGGGCUGGCUCCCUUCUAGGCCGGAGCAAGGGCAAACGCCAUGCCAAGCCAGAGGCCGAGAAGUCGGAGAGUCCCGAACGGAAGGAAAAGAAAGCGCCGCGCCCUCCUGCACUCACUCGAACCAAUUCAGAAGUCGGGUCCUUCAUGGAAGUUGAUUUCGAUAACGACGACGUUGUCGUUCUUCGAACCCCCACCAGCACCGAAGCCCCAGUUUCGGCCGAGGAACGUGAUAAAGAUAUACCACCUGUCCCCACCGUUUCCCUCGAAUCAGCGUGGAAACCCCGAAGCUUCUACGAACAGACUGCGCAAGAUGAAGUCUUGAGUAGCCCAAUUAUCGACCUUGAUGCUGCACUUGGACCGUUUAACACCCCCGAUAUGCGACCAGCAAAAGGAAACUUGAGCAAGUUCACUGUGGCAUCUCAGCGCAUGUAUAGUGGUGGACGACGCGGUGAAUUUGUUGGUCCGGAAAUGCGAUACCAUCGCCGCACCGAGAGUGCACCUAUUAUGACUCCAUUCGAUCGCAGUUCUUUAGGUCCCAUCCGCCUAGGCGGCGCUACUGGCGUCGAAACCCCAGAUGUUUUUUACGAGGAAGAAGAGGAUGAAUUUUUGGCUGCCAAUCAGUCACCCAGGAGCGAACUUGUUUCGAGUCAGAUCGCAGCUGCGUUUUCAUCUACUUCGGAGGAAGAUAUCCAAUCCGUCAAAAGCGAUGAUACCAGCGACACUCUGACUCGGGCGCCAGAAUCUACAACUGAGACAACCCCCGCCCCCGCAAACGUACCUGCACCCAUUGCCGAACCCUUGCCUGAAACCACAGUUGAGCCUACGCCCAAGCCUAGAACCCCUCGGCAUCAGGGCCUUGGAAUCCAGGCGCCGGAUAAGGCGUACAAUUCUCCCCCGGCUUUUGCGCCAACAGACCAGAAAGCCAGACAACCUUCGCACAGUGCCAAUCCUUUCGGGAGGCCGCCUCGCAGCCCUGUGGAAAUCCUCAGGUCAGAGGAUUCCGUGGCCAGAGCACCGGGACCUCCAAGUCCCGAUGUAUCGCCUGGUUUCUUAGCUGUUGAUAAGCGUCCAGCUACUUCUCCCCACGAACUUCAACCUAAUAUUCCCCCGUUGUCUCUUUCUGCCGGAGUUUCGCCCUCGGAUUCGUCGUUUCCAUCACCCGAUGCGCCACGAUUGUUCAACGACCGUUAUUUCUCGAGCCAUUCAUACCACCACCUUCCUUCUGAUUACUAUAAUCAUGCCUCAGUCGAAGAUGUUCCAUCUCUGACGAGUAGUGCAUCGACAAUGACCAACACCAUGAAUCGCUUUUCUGCUUCAUUCUUCCCCCGAGCUCGCCUAUCGACUGACCGAGCCGCAUCCUUCUCCGCCGCGGUCAACCGACGUAGCAGUCAGGCCAACGCAUCGAAGAGGUCUAGCCUUGCUAGUCUGUCCAAGUUGGUUGGCGGCCCGCACUCAGAGCGGAGCAAGUUGUAUCAAGAAGAGAAGCCUCCUGGGGACUCGCCCGACAAAAGCAGGAAGAAGGGCCGCCGUCUAAGCAGACUGAUGCAUUUCUGGAAACUGAAGGACAAAGAGAAGACAAGCACAAUCACCGAGGCGGAGACUCCCUCUGAACAUCCUUGA